UGGUAGUUAAACGCUACUGAAAGAACAAGCAGGAAUUCUCUGUGCUGCAGAGCGGCUGGGAUAUAAACCAGACUGUAGAAGUAGAUGUAUGAAGGAGCAGAAACACUGCUGUCUAUGGACUAAAUUUCAGCCACUGUUCAGUGAGAAAGUGAGGAGAAUCUUUUGGGCAUCAUGGACGAUGACUUUGACCGCCGCAUGGAGCUGAGGAGGCAGAGGAGAGAGCAGAUGCGUCUCGAUACUGAAAAGGGGGGUUGCACCAACGAUGAUGAUGAGGAGGAAGCGCGGGAGCAAAGGAGACGUGCGAGAGAGGAGAGGAAGAAGAUGAGGGACUCUGAGGAGUCUGGUACUACUGAUGCUGUCAACAGUAACAGUGUUGAAGAGACCGAAUCCUUCUCCACCACCACUGACACCACCAGUGCUGGAGGUGCAGAUGAUGACCAGGCUUUGCUGGAGCGCCUGGCCAAGAGGGAGGAGCGCAGGCAGAAGAGAAUGAAGGAGGCGAUGGAGAGACAGAAGGAGUUAGACCCCAACAUCGACACCGCUGAAGGCACAGAUGGCACAUUGGAAGAGGCGUCCUCCAUAAGCAACAGCAGCAGUCAGCAGCGUACAGAGGAGGAGGAAGAGAAGGAGGAGGAGCGGGAGCAGGUGGCAGAGGCGGAUAUGAACUCCUGGAAGAAAGAGGAAGAAGAUGAGAAGGAAGAAGAGAAGGAAUCUGUUGAAGACUCAGGAUCAUCAGCCACAAGAAAUAAGGAGGAGAUUGAAGAGGUUGAUCAAGGAAAAGAAGAGGAAGCCGUUCCCGAUGUUGACAAUGAGCAAGAAGAAAGAAAGAGGAAAGAAGAGGAGGAAAGACAGCAAAAAGAAAUGGAAGAAAAGCUAAGGAUAGAAGAGAAGGAGAGGCAACAAAGGGAAAUGGAGGAAAAGCUGAAGAGAGAGGAAGAAGAGAGGCAGCAAAAGGAGGAAGAGGAGAUGAAGAAGAGGAAAAAAGAGGAGGAGGAAAAGCUAAAAAGAUUUGGUUUUAAGGAAAAGAAUGAACCAGCAAAACAGAACGGAGCCUUCAUUGAGAACAAGCUCAAGAAAACGUCAAGGGACAAUGCUCCCUCCACGAAGGCAGACGACGUGGAGCGAAAGGAGGCUGAACAUAAGCUCCAGGAGCUGAAGCGCCGGCGAAACGACGCAGAGAGCGAAGAGUUUGAGAAGAUGAAGCAGAAGCAGCAGGGCGCAGAAGCCGAGCUGGAGGAGCUGAAGAAGAAGAGAGAGGACAGGAGGAAGAUCCUGGAGGAGGAGGAGAAGCAGAGGAAACAGGAGCUGGAGGACAAGAAAGCCAAAGAACAGGAGGAGAGGAAGAGGAUGAAGGAGGAGAUAGAGAAGAGGAGGGCAGAGGCUGCAGAGAAGAAGAAACAGAAAGAGGAGGACUCCACAAAACCUGCCUUUGCUAUCAGUCCCAAAGGUUCCUCCAAGAUCGGAGAGAAGGCAGAAUUCUUGAGCAAAUCUGCCCAGAAAAGCACUGCAGCAAGAGUGUCACACACUCCACUUGUCUCCAAGAUAGGCAACAGACUGGACCAGUACACUUCUGCACUCCAGGGUAACAAAGAAGCCAAAUCCCCCAAGUCUCCUCUGGCAGAUAUUCCUACAGGAGGCACACGCAGCAUCAAGAGCAUGUGGGAGAAAGGCAACGUCGGAGGCUCCUCUGAAAGUCCAGCCCCUGCCAACAAGGAUGUAGCUGGUAUCAGAGGAGGCGUGGCUGGACGUGUCAACAGCUGGAUGGCAAAGCCUGCAGAGCCAGAGAAGACGACACCUGCACCUGAAGCAGCAGCAGCAUCACCCGCAGCAGCAGCAGCAAAGCCGGCAGAAGUGAAACCAGGCGACGUUGGUAACAAGCGCGGCAUGUGGGAAACCAAGAAAAGCUCUGCACCUGCCAAGGUGGCAGUUGUAGGAAAGGGCAAGUUUGUCACAAAUGCAGGUGUAAGACCGUAACCAGUGACCCCCCCUCCCCAUAUCAAUGAAACCUGACCAAACACAAGGCUACUCUGCUCCUGUAUGUGCUUCCAUUCCCCUUCAACACGUCUGUAUUUUGAGUUCACAUCCGAAUGAGGGAAAGACGAGGGACCGGGAUGAGUGACGUCAAAGAAUUCCAGCGUAGAGGUUUUCCAGCUUUAAUUUUCAGGGUGUAUGAGUCAGCUCAUAUAAAACUAAAAAUAUAUGAAUUUGUAUUGAGUAGAUUGGUUUUGAUAUUUUUUAAUGAAGAAAUUCAAAGAUGUCAUAUUAAACCACAGCUUCAAUCAUUGAUAGCUUAUUGAAUUGAUUUUCUUGUACUUGUCCUCAUUUUUGCCCAAUUUCAAUUCUUUGAAUUCCAGCUUUAUCGAAGUUCAGAUCGCAGUCAGGACACUGAAAUGUUAUCUUGCUGUUCGAUCCACACUGACCCACCCAAUUAGAAGCAUUUUUUUUAUUGUCCUACACACUCACUGCUUUUUUGGGAUGAUAGUCACAGUUUUAACUCCAUAGAAAGCCUGUACAUAUUUAAUUUGUUUCAGUAGUCAGCCACUUUCUAAUGAGGGACUCUUACAUGAAGAAGAGUAAUGCAUUUUGUUGUGGCUA